CCGACUUUUUCAUUUUUUAUUUUUUGUUUUCUCUUAUUCGGCAGGAAAGAUCUAUUAAUUAACGAGCAGAGAUUACACGGAUGCAAUGAGUAUCAAUAAACGCAAUUGGAAUAGUGCUUCAAUUUCAUCUGCUCCUUUACCUCUUCUACUCGGGGACACGACGCGCCAUUUCUCAUGGUUACGGGAAAAGGUGCUUCGGCUGAAAUCGGCAUUUUUCACAGGACACCCGCGACGCAUCGGUGUAUUGGUGGAAUUCGGUCGAUUUGUAUGGAUUGAGCACACUGAACAUGCCGCAGAUCUCCAUAGUAUGGGCGUUUUUGGUAAAGGCACUCUUUCAAGAAGUGAACCGACCUGGGCAGCGCGAAUGAUCAAGAACGCCGAUGAUCAGUCGCCUGAUAAAAAAACAUAUGUAGAGAAUAUCACCAAUCAGAGAAGAAUGCAACGACGACAACAGUCGAAGCAGAAAAAAGGGUUGAUCAAGGCGUCGGACGAUGACAGGAAUGAAGCAAAUGAUGUGUGGGAUACGGAUGAACUGUUGGCGUGCAUUGGCACGGAAAAAGAUCACGAAAGUCUUCAGUUGGAUUUAUUUGAAGCCUUCUUUUUGCUGUAUGGAUUAAAUGCUCUCGAGAUCUAUACAGCGGAACGACAACGACUCUCGGUUGAUGCUUGCUGGACCCUUUUCUGUCAGUUAUACAACACGCGGCAUCAAGAUCUAAUGCUCAAUCUCUUCUCGCACGCCACGGACAACGAGUUUGUUUUAAAAUAUACCGCGUAUCACUACUACCGCAGCUUGGGCUGGAUUCCCAAAGCAGGUACCAAAUUCGGGGUGGAUUUCGUCAUGUAUCGUAGAGGGCCGAAAUUCUACCACGCCGAUUUUGCUGUGAUUGUAUUAUCAGACCAGAACCGUCAACUUCAAAGCUGGAAAGCGCUUCUUGCUUCAAAUCGUAUCUGUUCCCAGGUAAAGAAGACACUGAUACUGUGUUAUAUCAUCCAUCCCACCACCCCAUCGGUUUACGAUGUUUCCAAUCCAAAUAUUCUACGUGAAUACAAGGUUCGAGAAGUCAUUUUCAAACGGUGGUCACCUGAACGAAAUCGUGAGUAGCUCUUUGAUCAUUUGAUAUGUCCGCCAAAUUGUUGUCGCCACAUUUUAUCGCUUUUUCACAUCUUGUAAUAUAAUCACCUUGCGCCUCUGUAUUUAUUUACUACACCCGUUAUUUUAUAAAAUUGUUUUAUAGCCUGUUCCAACCUUUCUCUGCAUCCAUGUCGCGCAUAGUGUUCCGCCAUAUGCGAUUUUAAAAAAAGGACAGUGUGCCACAUCAUACAGCGCUGACCUGGAUCCAAAACUGACAAGUCCAUGCACGUUCAUCCGCCGCCGUUUCG